GCGUAACGCCGCUCUCUCGCGUAACAUUCUCGACUUGUGGCAACUCUCUCAUUCACAAAAUAUCAUGGAGAAAUUUCUAAAAAUUACAAAAAGCAAGCCUAAUGGACGUGUCCCUCGAGAAAAGGAGGAUCACAAGAACCGGUUCCAUCCGUAUAGCGAACGCGUAGCAUCCGCCCAGUUGGCGCGUCAAGAAUGGUUCGAAAUGGGCCAGGAGAAGCGAAAGUCUCGGUCAGGCGAGACUGGAGAGAACGCCCCUCGUCCAGCCAACUCGAUUCAGGCAGCCAAGAAGCACGCCCUGACCACACUAUCCCACCCAGGAAAUCCUCUUACCAACCCAGAUGCAUUGAGACAACCAGAUCACGUCUGGUCCUGUGCUACGGGCCACCAGAGGGGUGAUGGAAGGCAAGUUGGCAGCUCUUUGAUCAUUAAAAGGAAUGAACAGCUUGAGGCUCGACGAGAGAUGCAGAAUUCUUCAUUGUUCUGGGGAUGUCGCAUCUACUGCAACAGUGGAUAUUGUGCUGGGACUACGGACAUAGAGUUAAAACGACUAGUGUCGGAGUAUGGCGGAGUUGUAGCGUACGACAGGUCACUCGCCGCUGUGUGUUUUCAUUGGCUGACCCGAUUCCAGUCACACCGAGACCCAAGCUACCCACAUUUUGACCUCUCAAUCUCUAUGUGGGUCCAAGAUCCAAAAGUUUUUGACCACGAACGCGAGAAACAAGAAACAUGUCGUCAAGCCAGAAUGGCUGCUCGACUCGAUCGCCCUGGGUGA